CUACAUACAGCCAAGACAUAGUACCAUGUCCGACGUUGGCCCUCCCAUCGACCUCCCCGUGCUGGACAUCUCCAACCCCCUCGAUCCCGAGGCGGGGAAGGCCCUUCUGGCAGCUGCCACCAAGUAUGGCUUUUUGUAUGUCGACAGCCGGGGGACCGACUUUACGGCCGCGGAGGUGGAUCGGGCAUUUGAGCUGUCCAAGAAGUUCUUCGCCUCCCCAGUUGAAGAAAAGGCCGCUUGUCGCAUUGAACCCAACAACCGCGGCUGGUCCGGCAUGCACUCCGAGACCCUGGACCCUGAGCAUCAACGCACCGGCGACUUCAAAGAAGCCUUCAACUUCGGCGAAUUCACCCAAUCCAACAAAGCCCAACAACCCCUCCCAGCAUCCCUAACCCCUCACGAGUCCGAAAUCGCCCACUUCGCCUCCCUAUGCAACAAAACCUGUACUCGGAUCUUGACCCUGCUAGCCUUGGGACUCGGCAUCCCCCCCACAUUCUUCACCACCCGGCACGACCCCACCACAGGCCCAACAGGCAGCAUCCUCCGCUACCUCUUCUACCCGAGCAUAACCUCCCCCUUAACCUCCACCUACAGCCACAAGACGGACGUCCGAGCCGGCGCCCACAGCGACUACGGCUCCAUCACGCUGUUGUUCCAGCGUCCUGGGCAGCCGGGGCUGGAGAUCCUCACGCCGGAUGGGAAGGGGUGGGCGCCUGUUCCUGUGAUUCCCACCACCAGCACCACCUCCUCCUCCGAAGAAGGAAAAGGAAAGGGGUGUGAAUCCCCAUUCCCCUUCCCACCCAUCCUCGUCAACAUCGGAGAUUUACUCAGCUACUGGACGGACGGAUUACUCAAGAGUACCGUGCACAGAGUGGUGUUCCCUACGUCGGAGCAGCAGAGACCUAAUGCGCAGGACCGCUAUAGUAUUGUGUAUUUUUGUCAUCCGUUGGAUCGGACGGAGUUGGUGCCUGUGCCGAGUAGGGUUGUGGAGGAGUUUAGGAAGUCUAAGGGGAGUGAGGAGAAGGAUGGGGGAGAAGGAGGGGUCGGGGUCAGGGUUGGGUUUGGGGGUGGGGCGGGGAUGUUGGAGGAGGGGAAGAGGGCGUUGACGGCGCAGGAACAUUUGAUGGCGAGGUUGGAUGCUACGUAUGGGUUUCGGAGGGGGGAGAAGGAGGGGGAUGAAUGA